UGAACUGUAGCUAACUUCAGACCUGUCAAAAUUCCAAUAUUUUUUUAUUUUUUUCUUAUUUAACAAAUGAGAAUCUAUAAUGUGAUAAUUUAAAACACAAUAAAAGUGUUUACUUUAUCGUUUUAACUUAAAAUUUGUGAAUUUUUGUUACUUUUUAACACUUUUACUGAUCUCAACGUUAGAGGUUAUGUUUCAUCUAGUUUCGUAAGACACUUCACUUACGUGUUAUUAUUUCUCGUAUGGUAUUUGUCCUACAAUAAGUGUAGUUAAAACAUAUUGAUAGUUAUUGGUUUUAAGUCUAUUUAUUGACCGCACAUUUGAAAUUCUAUUACAUACGGCAGAACUUUGGUGAUUUUUAACCAUGGCUACUAUGGAGGAAAAGAAAACCCUUAUAACUCGUAAUUUACAAGAAGUUUUGGGAGAUGACAGGCUUACAGAAAUCUUGAAGCAAAGGGAUCUUAAAAUAUACUGGGGCACAGCUACAACUGGGAGACCCCACGUCGCUUAUUUUGUUCCGAUGUCGAAGAUAGCAGACUUCUUAGUGGCUGGCUGUGAGGUGACUAUUUUAUUUGCGGAUUUACAUGCUUACUUAGAUAAUAUGAAAGCACCAUGGGAUCUGUUGAAUCUCCGUGUACAAUACUAUGAAGCUGCUAUCAAAGCCAUGCUUCAGUCCAUUGGGGUACCACUGGAUAAGUUGAAGUUUGUUAAGGGUACUGAUUAUCAGCUUAGCAAAGAGUACACCCUUGAUGUAUAUCGCAUGUCAUCUGUAGUCACAGACCAUGAUGCUAGAAAGGCUGGUGCUGAGGUAGUGAAACAGGUUGAUCACCCAUUACUCAGUGGUCUAUUGUACCCUGGCCUUCAAGCAUUAGAUGAAGAAUAUUUGAAAGUUGAUGCACAAUUUGGUGGAGUAGAUCAGAGGAAAAUAUUUACUAUGGCUGAAAAAUAUUUGCCUCAAUUAGGGUAUGCCAAAAGGGUACAUUUAAUGAAUCCUAUGGUUCCUGGUCUAACAGGUGGCAAAAUGUCUGCAUCUGAAGAGGACAGUAAAAUUGAUUUAUUAGACAACCCAGCAAAUGUAAAGAAGAAGUUGAAAAAGGCUUUCUGUGAACCUGGCAAUAUUACUGACAAUGGUGUUUUGUCUUUCACUAAAUAUGUUGUAUUUCCUUUGAUGAAGGGUGAUGAGACUUUCAAAAUAACUAGAGCACCAGAGCAUGGUGGUAAUGUCGAGUUUACUAAGUUUGAAGAUCUGGAAUCUGCUUAUGCUAAACAGGAAAUUCAUCCAGGGGACCUUAAGGCCAGUGUUGAGUUAGCCAUCAACAAACUCUUAGGUCCUAUUCAAGAAAUAUUCAAACAACCUCAUCUCCAAGAGUUAGCCAAGAAGGCAUACCCACCUCCAGCUAAAUCUAAAGGAAAUGCACAGGCGGCUGAUGAAAUAACACCUUCGAAACUUGAUAUUAGAGUCGGACGUAUAGUUGAAGUUUCAAGGCACCCGGAUGCAGAUGCUCUCUAUGUUGAAAAAAUAGAUUUAGGAGAGGAAGAACCUAGAACUGUUGUAUCAGGAUUGGUAAACUUUGUGCCUAUAGAAGAAAUGCAGAACCGAGAUGUAGUAGUUCUGUGUAAUUUAAAACCAGCCAAAAUGCGUGGUAUUGAAUCUAAAGGUAUGGUGCUAUGUGCUUCUGUUGAUGAGCCUAAACAGGUUGAACCCUUGUUGGCCCCAGAGGGCAGCAAGCCAGGUGAUAGAGUGGUUAUAGAAGGGUAUGAAACAGGAGAACCUGAUGAUGUUUUGAAUCCUAAGAAAAAGGUAUGGGAAAAACUGCAAGUUGAUCUAAAAACGAAUGAUGCUCUUCUAGCAGUAUGGCAAGACAAUAAAUUGAUUAGCAAAGUCAAUGGAAAUCCAGUUACUACUAAAUCAAUGAAGAAUGCUCCUAUUAAAUAGUUUACUUGUCAACUUAAACAGGCCAUUUAUUUUGCAUUUGUACAAUAAUUUGUAAUAAAUCAUAAAUAUUCUUUUAGCAGAGCAUAUUUAUUUUUAUUCUAAGUACAUGAUUUCACGAAUAAUAAAUAUUUUUUGUUAUA